GCAUCUCACUUGAUCCUAGACCACCGUCCACUCAGGACUAUAGAAGCCAAGAGCUUGAACCAAAAAAUUAAAAAAAAUAUAUUUUUCCAAAAUGCGUGUGCUGUGCUUAUUUCUGAUUGUGGCUGUGGUAGCCUGCAGUGCUGCUCCAGGUGCUUCGAACGAGGAAGAUGGAAAAAUCGAGCUGUUCUCCGGAGUAGCUAUUGAAAAAGAUGCAGCUGGAGAGGAAAAGUUAAACGUCAAGUUCGAACCUGGUGAACUGAGGGAAGCUGCCAGGACAUUCGAAGAAGCUCGUGGCAAGAUCAAGAAGUACACGCCCCUCAUAGCUGGUAUCGGAGUCAAGGUCUUAGCAGUCGCUGGUCUGCUCUUCGGAGGUCUGACACUCCUGGUGACCAAGGCUCUGGUGGUUGCCAAACUGGCCUUCGUGGUGGCUGCUGCUUUGGGAAUCCAGAAACUGCUGAGUGGCGGUGGACUGAACAAUAUUAGUGGCAAGAAUGAUCUCGAGUUCGACUCUCAGCUUGCUGGUUUCCAGUCAUCUCAGCAAUGGACAUCUCCUACAGCAUCAGCAGCCACCUACCCCUACGCCAGAUCUUCAAACAUCGCGAAUGAUGCCAACGAUUUAGCUUACAAGUCUCAGAUCAGCUCAUAAAACCUAAAUUUAAGCCUGAAAAACUAGAUAAUUUUUGUAGUACAUAUUUUACAUGUUGGUCAAAAUAAUUAUAGGUCAGGCUAUACUUUAAUUAUUUAUUUUAUAAUUAUUUUGAUCAAAUCACUCAUAAAUAGUAGCAUUCCAUAAUAAUAUUUCUAUAUCAUAUUUCAAUUUCAACAAAAUAGGUUAUAAGUCAUGAU